AUGCGUGUUUUGGUGCUCAUUUGUCUUGCCAUUUUCUGCCUCUGCGAUCCGGAUCCCGAAGCGGUCGGGAGGCGUCGCGAAGCCGCAAUCUCGGCACUUCGUCUCAGUCCGAAAUCGACGAUAUUCCGCGUGAAAUGCAAGAUAAUGUGCAGCGAGAUGUGCGCGCCGGUUUUGGGCGCUUGCGACCGCUACAACAAAUGCGUUUGCCUCAACAACUACAUGCUCGGCUAG